AUGGCCUUAAAUAUGAUAGAGAAGUUCAACAAGUAUUGGUUGGAUGUGAAUGAUUUGAUGGGAGUGGCUGUCGUUCUUGAUCCAAGAUUUAAGCAUGAGGUGCUGCAGUUCUAUUUUCCUAAAAUUUAUGAUAAGCACAAUGGGCAUGAGGUAGAGCGCAUUCUUGGAUUAUGCCACCAACGGGUUGUUGAGUAUGAGGAGAAAGAAAGAGAGGAGGAACAAGGGAAUGGUGUUAAUGGGGGCGGCUCUGAAGCAAAUGAUUGUGAAGACAGUUUUGCUUUGGAGUUUCACUCGUAUGCGUCUAGCAAGAAAAGGAAACGGCCAUCCAGAUCAGAGCUUGAUGCAUAUUUGGAGGACGAGCUCAUUAAGAGUGUUGCUGAUUUUGAUCUCUUGUCUUGGUGA